UUGGUGAUUUGAUUGCAAGGUUUUUUUUUUGCAGAUUGUUUUUUCUUUGCUUGUGGUGGAGGCCAAGCAGAUCAACCUUUUCCCCUCUUUUUUCUGUGCUUGCCCAGUUCAAUUCAACUUUUUUCUUUUUGGCAUAAAUAUAUACACACUCAGUUCAAACACAUUCACAUAAAUGGCGGGCGCGAGCAAAAAGACAAGCAAGAAGAGCAGCACCAAUGGACUUGCGGUGAUCGGCGGGUACAAGGUGCUCCCCGUCCGCUUCGACGACGACAGCGAGUCAGCCACGCACUACAUCUACUUCAAGCAGCACACGACAACCAAGGAGGAUAUCCUGCUGCCCUCCAGCCGCACGCUCUUUUUGUACAACCUGCCGGCGGACACGACGGAGCGCGAUAUCCGGCGUCUUUUCCACGGCACAGCGCGCGUCGCACGCGUACUUUUCCAUGAUGUCGUCGGGCAGGACAUUGUGAGGCAGACAGCGGUACGUGCGCAAUUGAUGGCUGAGCUGGCGAAAUCCAUGCAGGAGGAGGAGGCAAAGCAGAAUAAGGCCAGUAAGCAGAAGGGCGCCAGUGAGGCAGCGGAUGAGGGCGUCAAGGCGGUUGAGCGGCCAAUUUUGCAGCGGUCAGGAGGCAGCGCACACGUCGUUUUGCUGGAGGACGCAGAGAUGGCGGCGGUUCUGGGGAUGGCGCGCGGGGUGCGUGCGUGGCCGCAGCGCGACACCACAAGCCCGUUGGAGUACCGCGGACUGUCCCGGUAUCUCUACGAGUACCGUGCAGAGCGUCCGCCCACGGAGCUGCACCAGGAGGAUGUCGACCAGUAUAUGGCCAAGUUCGAGGCUGCACAGUAUGAGCGCGAGCGCAUGCUGGAGCAGCAGCAGAAUGUGCCGGAUGCCGAUGGCUUUGUGACGGUUGUUCGCCGUGGACGUAAUACGCGGAACUCCGACGGGCAGGGCGCUGUGACAGCGGCGACGGCAGAUGAGGCCAGGGAGGCUGGGAAGAAGAAGAAGGAGGUAGUGUUCGGCAACAUGUACCGGUUCCAGGUGCGUGAGCACAAGAAGGAUCAGCUGGAUGACUUGCGGAAGAAGUUCGAUGAGGAUAAGGAGAAGAUCGCAAGAAUGCGCCAGACGCGCCAGUUCCGCCCAUACUAGAUUUUUUGCCCCCACUGAUCUGAUCAGUUCUUUUUUGUUUGUGCGCAGUUACUGAAUGCUGAAUGCCAAAUGUGCUGAAAGCGGGCUCUGCCAAAGUAAUCAACGCCUUCAUUUUUCCUAUUCCCCUCUCUUCUUUUUCAUUUUUUUU